AUGAAUCAAAAUGAACAAGUAUUUAAUACAAUCUUGCCAAUAUCUUCUCUAUCAGAAGAAGACUCUAUAACAGAUUUAUUUGAUAUUUUAAUUAAUAAUUAUAAAAAUAAUGAUAGAAUUCCAUGCAAACUAUGUAAUAAACCUGUAAAAUAUUACUGUUAUUAUUGUUAUAAAAUUGUUGGAAUCAGGAAAGAUGAUGAAAAAUUUAUACCAAAGUUAAAAUUACCAAUUAAAAUUGAUAUUGUUAAGCAUAAUCAAGAAUUAGAUGGUAAAUCGACAGCUCCCCAUGCUAAAUUAAUUGCACCUGAUGAUGUGGAAAUUUAUUCUCAUGAAAAUAUUCCAGAGAUAACAAAUCCAGAUAGAGUUUUAUUAUUAUUUCCAGAUCCUGAUGCUAAAUUAUUAAAAGAUAUUUCUUUAGAUUCAUUUGAUAAAUUGAUUGUGGUUGAUGGUACAUGGAGACAAGCAAUUUCUAUGACCAAAAAGAAUCCAACAUUUAGAAAGUUGAGAAAAGUCACAAUUAAACCACAAAAAACAUUAUUUUGGAGAUAUCAGAACAAAAAUGAAAAUUAUUUGGCAACCAUUGAAGCAAUUUAUUAUUUUUUAAGAGAAUAUGAUGAAAUUUCAUUAUCUAAUAAUAAUAGUAGUAACAGUAAUAGUUAUGAUUAUGAUGGAAAAUAUGAUAAUUUAUUAUGGUAUUAUAAAUAUUUCUAUGAAUUGAUUCAAGAAACUUAUAGAAAUAAUGAGAAUAAUCUGGAAACUGAUUUUUUAAUGCUUGAACAAAUUUAG